AUGAACCGCUCGCUGAGGACGUGGCUGAGAUGCUUCACACCGCUCGAGUCCCGUACAGCACCACCGGUCUUCCCCGCACUCUCCCGCGCCCCCGUCCGCCUCUUCCACACUGCCGCACCUGAUCCUCCCCUCGAACUGCUGCCCACUCCCCCGCCAGCGUCCAUUGCGCCCAGCAAAAGACGGAGGACACAGCCAGUCGUCCGCCUCCCCUUCCCGCCUACCCCGCGAGUCGACAGAUGGUCCGCCACCAAGGCCAUCGCGACAGUGCUGCAGGAAGCGCUCGCAACGGGGAGGGAACAGAUUGCGCUGGAGCAAUUCCAGGCGUUGAUCAGGCGCGAAGGGACGGAGAGGCUGUCGGCGGAAGAAGUGGAGGGCUUCGUCUGGCUCUUCGUGCAGUACCGCCAGCCUGAGCUCGCGAGGACGGCGACGGCUGCGAUGGAGGCGGCAGGCUAUCCUGUCUCAACGAGGCUUGCGGGCAAGCUCCUGCGCAAUUUCAAGAACAGGGUCAUCGUCGACCUUGAUGCCCUCGCAGCAAUGCUGAGUUGGCUGUCGCAUGCGAUGGUGCGGGAGAAGGGCGAGGGAGGUCUGGUGGACGUCGAACUCGUCGACACCGUCCUGGACAUGCUCAAGCGACUGGGCAAGACGGACUGGCUCCUGGAGGUCUUUCGGGCGUACCGCGAUUGCCUCGACCCGGACGACAUCGGUUCGCCUCGACUUUGGCAACUCGCCAUCUCCGCCCACACGGCUGACGGCGAUGAAGCAGCUGCUCGCGCCCUCUUCGACAGGUGGCGACGCCUCGAUCAGCAGCGACGGCAGCGGCUCGCGACAGCCGAGACCCCGUCCGACGAGAUCAAGGCCGAAUUGCACUCUCCACCUCCCGAACAGCCCUACCUCGCCAUGCUCGACUUCUAUGCCGCGCAUGGCCGAGGUCAGUCGUCGACGAGCGACCCGGCGUACCGCUUCGUCUCCCUGUGCACCAAGGACGGUCUUGCGCCGUCCACCAAGUUCCUCCACUCGCUCCUCCGCCUCGAGAUGAUGCGGCACCGAUGGACGUCGUUCUGGGGCAUCUGGAAGGCGUUCGACGAGCUGGGCGUCCAGCGGAACCACCUCACGUAUUCGCUCGGCGCGAGGGCGAGUCUCUGGCGCCUCACGACGAAGCGGCGUCCGGAACCACAGUCUCGUUACAGCCCGCUGCACGACGUUGUUUCGUUCGGGUAUACGCAAGUUGUCCCGCCGGACAUGCGCCAGUUCCUCCGCACCGUCCUCUCCCUCCGCCUCGAUGCGACCGGACACCGACCGCAUCGCCGCCUUUCGACGAAGGAAAACGAGAUCGUCACUGUCGACCUGCUCAACAAGCUCCUCGACUAUUUCGUCAAGGACAACGACUGGCCGGCCGCAGCUAUCGUCCUCGAGACGUUCAAGGUCCACCGGUUCGAGCCGAACCCUCACACGCAUGCCGUCGUUGUCUGCGGCAUCGUCAAGCAGUGGCAGCGCCGCCGACUCGACCACAAGCUCGACGGCUUGCUCGGCUCCGUCUCGGCUUUCGACGGUCCAGAGGCGGCGAACAGCAGGCGGUCUUGGCUCAUCAGUCCGGCGACGACCGUUGACGCGGUUGCCAAGAUUCUCGAGCUGCGCAAGAUGCGUGUCUCGCUCUGGACGAAGCGCGAUCCGUCGGAGUAUGUCGAGGAGGACGACUCGGCGACGAUCACGGUCGAGUACGUCCCGACCACGCCGACGCAGUCGCAGGCUGAGAUCGAGGCGGAAGAGCGGAAGGACGAGCGUCGGAGGAAGAAGACGCAGUGGAUGAUUAGUCGCGAGUUGCGCGAGACGGGCUAUCUCAUGGAGCUGCUCAGGCGGUGCGAGGGGUCGAGCGAGGAGGACUGGAGGGCGUUGUUGGCUGAGACGAGGAAGGAGGUUCUUCCCACGCCAAUCAAGCCGUCCAGCGCAGCUUUGCCGUCCGGUGGCGAGCCCGACAACGCCCACCCGACCUGGAGCAAGGGGAAGCGGUACUGGACGGCGGUCCGACUUGCGAAGCGGAGGACGGAAGCGAAGGAGCGGGCGCAGGAAGCGACGCCGACGGUCUCGACGCAGGAGCGGAUCAGGCUGGAGCGUGAGAAGAGGCAGGCGCGGUGGCUCGCGAGGCAGGCUCGUCGUGCGAAGGAGCGAAGCAUGGAGGACCAGGUGGAAGAACGACCUGUAGCAUAG